AUGGAGGGAGUUUUCAGGAAAAGUGCUAAUCUUGGAAGCAUCAAAAGAUUACAGGACAGGAUUAAUAAAGGAGAGAAAAUUGAUUUUGAAAAUGAUCCAGAAUACAAAGACAAUGUACAUGUAGCGUCUCUUCACGCUUCUGUUCUUUUGAAGACGUUCCUUCGAAGUCUUGGAGAGCCUCUAACCACCAAUAAACUCUAUCCAAAACUUGCUGCUUUAUCAGAAGUCUCGAAAGCUGAAAAAAGUGCUGCUGUCAAAGAAUUUGUGAAGCUUUUACCACGCGACAACUACAUUCUUCUGAAAACAGUCAUCAAAUUCUUGACAAGGGUUGCAGAAAAUAGCAAAGUUAAUCUAAUGACUGCGAACAAUCUAAGUGUUGUUUUCGGUCCAAAUCUAACAUGGCCGACCGAUCAAGAAGUUCCGAUUUCCCAGCUGAACAAUCUUAACAACUUUUGCUAUAAAUUAAUUGUAGAUUAUGAUUCAGUAUUUGAUCAUUAG